CCGCAGUUUCCUUCUUCUCCAUGACCUCUGUCCUGCGGAGAGCUCGGGGAAAAGAGGCGCAGAUCCGGAGUUCUCUUUCGCUGUGCUGAGAGAGAGACAAGAUCAGGAGCGAGACAAAUCAGGGAGUGGUGUGCCUGGUGGAUGCCGAGACAACCUCUGCGACUCGGAGAUGGAACUUUCGCGACGAUUCUUCUUUGGAACGCAGAGAAGAGAUUUGCGGCUUCCAUUAGUGAGUUGAAGACCGGAGGCGACGGACAGGGCGUUUCUUCUUUCCUCGCGGAAAGGUGAAAAAGUCUCUGUCGGCUGGCUUCGCGACCUUCGCUGCGACAGGUCGCCGUGUGAUGCCAUGAUCUCCUGAGAACCGUGGCGCUGUCACCAAGUUCUUCUCUGUCUUUUUCUUCUUUGAGUACCGCCCCUCGUUUGUUUCUCGUUUGUUUCGAACGCGCUUUCCUCCUAUCCUAUGCGCUGGACAUCCUUGCGUCUCAUCAUUCUCACGGUCUCCUCGCCUUCAGUCUGCAACGUCAUCCCUCCUCGGCCGUCCGUCUCUCCUUUCGCUCUCUUCUCUCUUCUUCUCUCUUCUCUCUUCUCUCUCUUCUUCUCUCUUCUCUCUUCUCUCUCUUCUUCUCUCUUCUCUCUUCUCUCUUCUCUCUCCUCUCCUCUCUUCUCUCUCUUCUUCUCUCUUCUCUCUUCUCUCUCCUCUCCUCUCUUCUCUCUCUUCUUCUCUCUUCUCUCUCUUCUUCUCUCUUCUCUCUCUUCUUCUCUCUUCUCUCUUCUCUCUCCUCUCCUCUCUUCUCUCUCUUCUUCUCUCUCUUCUUCUCUCUUCUCUCUCUUCUUCUCUCUUCUGUCUCUCCUCUUCUUUCUUCUUCUCUCUUCUGUCUGUCCUCUCGGUUCCCGGGCCUGCGUCUGUCGCUUGCCGAAUGGCACGCCGUCGAGCCCCGGGCGAGGUGGAGGAGAAAGGAGCGGCGAGGAACAGAGACUCUGGAGCAGAGGAGACAGAACGAGGUCUGGCGAGAGAGGGCGCGAGCAACAGGUCGGAGAAGCGCUCUCCUCUUGUGUCCUCUCUUCGCGGCCGAGACUCAGGGGAGAACACAGAGAAAGCAGACGGAGACGAGGCGGAUGAAGCGCAGGCCGACGCAGAUGACUCGCGAGUGGUGUCUUCCUCUGUGUCUGAGGAAGGAAACAACUCGAACGGAAAAAGAGGCGCUGUAGAGACAUCCGAGAGCGCAGACCUCUCCCCUUCUCGCCUCUCUCCUUCCUCUUCUCUCGUCCCUUCGAUUGCCUCGCCUCUCGUCUCCUCUUCUUCCCUCUCUUCCCUGUCUCCUUCGGUCUACGACGCGAGUCCGUUUGCGCCCUUCGCCUGCGACGUCUCUCUCUCCAGGCGUGGAGACAGAAGUUCCUCGGAUCCGUCGUCUGUUCACUCUUCUUCCGGUGGCCUCUCUGCUUCUCGACAUCUGUCUUCUCCGCGUCUCUCCUCUGCGCCGGCUCACGGGUCUCCGAGUCUCUCUUCGCUGCACAAGGACGCUGCCGCAGCCUCGAUGGCGAGGACGCCGUUUCCUCCCUACAAAGUCUUUCCGGCUGAAGAGCGAACUGCAGACGAACGCUGUCUGCUUCCUUCUGAAAAUCCGCGCCUCGAUGUGCCUCUCCUCUCUCCCCCCGCUGGCUCCGAAAUCUCCGUCUCGCAGCCGCGCUCGCCGCAUGCUGCCUGCUUCUACUCUUGGCGCCGCGCGGGGGCGCCUGCGCCGGGCGGCGGCGAGGCUUCGCAUGCAGCGACGCCGAACUCUUUUCAAAUACCGAAGAGCCGCCCUGCUGUGAGCCAAGCGGCGUCGCGCGUCCGGCGCUUGCAGGUGCUCGAAAUCGCUCGCGGGACUUGCAGGCGGCACCUCUUGCAGACUUCGGAGCUUCUCCGACUCGUGCAUUCGCACAAUCGCCGCGGAGUGGUGGAGGACGCCGCAGUUGGCGCGUUGAAGUUGCGAGAUCUGCGACAAGUGAUCGGAAGAUGCGCGGCGCAGCGGCCGAGCGUCGAGCUGCGACGGAACUGCGUACUCGUAAACCUGCCGUACGUGAAGUGCAUUCUUUUAUGUUCUCGGAUUCUCCUUCUUUCCUCGGACACCGAGAGCGCACCCAACCAUCCUCCUUCUUCUCUGCACGUUUCGCACGGUUCCCCGAAAUUCUUCUCGUUUUCGCGGGUCUUCUCGCAAGCGCCUCUCGGCUCGGCGUCUCCCUUCGCUUCUCAUCCCUCGUCUUCUCUUCCCUCUUCCUCUCUCCCCUCUUCUUCGAGUUCGCAUUCGUUUUUUCGGCCUCCUGCUCUGCGCCCGAGGGAGUCCGCAUCGUCCCUCCUCGAGGAGGACGGCGCCUGGAGCGUGCGGGCGCGGCACCGCUGUGGAGCCCAAGGCUCCGCGACCGCGGUCGGAGGCGAGGGGACACCCGCCGUCGCGGAAGAGCCUCUUCUUCUGGCCGAAAGGGAGGAAGGUCGGCGCGAAGAGCAGGCGAAACGGAGAGGCCGGGGCGGCGGUGUGCGCGAGCAACGCCAGGGGAAAACAGCUCGACGCUGUGGAGAAAAUGAAGCUGCGAACGAAGGCGGAGACAAUCGGGAGCGCGAGGAACAGGCGCGAAGCCGCAGCCGCCGCGAGUGGACGGAAGACUGCCUCGCCUGGACGCCUAAACUCGAAGACGAGACGGUGUCGAGUGCAGAGAGCCCCGCUGAGGAGUGCGGCUUCUUUUGGGGAGAGGAGAAAGACGAAAACGAGCACAAGCUCCUCACCAAGCUGGUUCGUCUCUCGGCCGCAAGUGGAGACGCGGGCGACGGACCCUUCGAAUUUGUGGCUCUCGAGGCGAUUCUCGUCCACGUGUGUGACGCCCUCAAGAGCGAGUUGGAGCCCAUUUCCCUCGCGUCGACAAAUCUCCUGCGGUUUAUUCACGAACAGCCAAGCAGCACGCGCAAGCUACGGAAGGUUGGGGAUUUGCGUCGGCGGCUGGGUUGCGUCCGCGACAAGGCUCGAGGGAUCGACCAAGCUCUGCGCGAGUUGCUAGACUCCGAAGACGACUUGCGGCGUCUGCAAGUGAGUCGUUUCUGGGAGCACGAGAAGGAGUGGGAGAGGCCCUCGCGCAACGCGCAUGCAGAGGAAGUGGAAAUUCUCCUCGAAUGCUACCAACAGGAAAUCGACGCGCUGUUGCAGUCAAUCCUUCGCCGGGAUGAGGCGCUGGACGACGCCCUGCAGCUCAUGGAGUUGCAUCUGGCGUCGAUUCGAAACGCCUUUCUGAAGAGCGAACUCGCGCUGGACAUCAUCGGAGUCCUCUUUUCCGGCAUUGCAGCUUUUGCAGGACUUUUUGGCAUGAACAUCCGCAGUGGAUGGGAAGAAGAGGAGAACGCCUUCUGGGCGAUUUCGCUCGUCGUCGCUGUCCUCAGUCUCGCCACAGUCGUGCUCGUCUACAUAUGGUUCAAGAGGCAAAAGCUCUGACCCUCACGCGGACUCCAAAGACCAGCCUCGGUGACUAUGUCCAUCGAUAUGUACAUACACAUAUAUAUACAUAUAUAUAUAUAUAUAUAUAUAUACAUAUAUACAUAUAAACAUUUAUAUAUAAACAUUUAUAUAUACAUAUACAUAUAUGCAUAUAUAUAUAUAUGUGUGUGUGUGUGUAUCAGUGUGAAUUUCCAAGAUUUAAGCCGUGUUAUUCGGUCAUGAGAAGAAAGGACAUUUGUUCGAAGUUAGGGGAAGUGGGUGGGGAGGAAACUGUGUUGAAUAACAGUUGUGGAGUUCCGCGAUUCCAGCGCUUUUUUUGAUCUCCAACGCGUGCGGAUCCGGGGCGAAUGGGUCCGGGAGUCUUCCCUGUUGUCCGUUGGCAUCUUGGCCUCUGUCGAUCUCGCUCCGAAGUCUGCGUUUCCGCCGUUGCUUUCUUUUCCCCUUGUCUUUUUUUUCUUCUCCAGACCUCGUUUGCUGAACGCGGUUGUUUCUUCGGUUUGAGCGGCUCUUUUUAGCCGUUCUGUCGUUCCUCCAUCUCGUUUCUGC